GCAACGUUGGCGGCGGGCGGCUCGAUGAAUUGGCCAUUAUGUACAGAAGAUCAUGAACCUACUAAGUUUGUGCAGGAUAUUUUGAAGAACAGUCCCAUUUAUUGCCACUCUUUCAAUAUACAUGUGAGCAUGAGGAUCUUUUAUACUGAGCACGAUGGAUAAAUACACUAAAGUGAACAAAAUUGGAGAAGGAUCGUUUGGAAAAGCUAUUCUUGUGACCUCAAAAGAAGAUGGCAGACAAUAUGUUAUCAAAGAAAUCAAUAUCUCCAGGAUGUCCAACAAAGAGAGGGAAGAGUCGAGGAGAGAAGUUGCUGUUCUGGCCAAUAUGAAACAUCCAAAUAUUGUACAGUACAAGGAAUCAUUUGAAGAAAAUGGUUGCCUUUUUAUCGUCAUGGAUUACUGUGAAGGUGGAGACCUUUUCAAACGGAUUAAUGCACAGAAAGGAAUAUUAUUUCCUGAGGAUCAGAUCCUGGAUUGGUUUGUGCAAAUCUGCUUGGCUCUGAAACAUGUGCAUGACAGAAAGAUUCUCCACAGAGAUAUCAAGUCACAGAAUAUCUUUCUAACCAAAGAUGGGACGGUUCAGCUGGGAGAUUUUGGAAUAGCUAGAGUACUCAACAGCACUGUGGAGCUGGCACGGACUUGCAUUGGCACACCAUACUACUUGUCCCCAGAAAUAUGUGAAAAUAAGCCAUACAACAACAAAAGUGAUAUUUGGGCUUUGGGCUGCGUCCUAUAUGAGAUGUGUACCCUCAAACAUGCUUUUGAAGCCGGCAAUAUGAAAAACCUGGUGUUGAAGAUCAUCCGUGGAUCUUAUCCACCAGUUUCUGUUCAUUAUUCUUAUGAUCUGCGUAACUUAAUGUCACAGUUGUUUAAGAGAAACCCAAGGGACAGACCAUCGGUUAGUUCUCUACUGCAGAAACCAUUUCUUGCCAAAAGAAUUGACAAGUUGCUUUCACCUGAUCUUAUUGUUGAAGAAUUUGGUCAUGCAUUUGAAAAUCAUGCUUCAAAACCAGUUAUUCCCAGUGCAGCAGUAAAAAGACCAGGCCCGGUCUCAGGAUCUGUUGGACCGGCGCAGAAAAUCACCAAACCAGCAGCCAAGUAUAAAGUGCCAUUGACAGUAAAAUCUGCAGAGGCAGCUAAAAAGCUUUCUGAUAAGAAAUUACUGAUGAAGCACAAACAGGCUCAACCUGCUCCAAUGAAGAAAAUGAAUGCAGUGGAAGAAAGGAGGAAAAUGUUUGAGGAAGCAUCCAAAAAGAAAAAACAGGAACAGAUUGAACAAGAAAGAAAGCAAAGAGAACAGAUGAAUUUGCUGAAAGCUGAGCAGAUGAGAAGGAUGGAGAAAGACCGGAUGGAAAGAAUCAACCGAGCCAGAGAACAAGGAUGGAGGCAUGUGCUUGGUGUAGGUGGUUCUUGGGGAAGUGGUGAACACAAGGUUCCUUUCUCUGGUGGAGGAGGUGGAGGGUCAGGAGGUAUCCUGCCAGCAGCUAAUAAGGGGCAACGCUAUGAACAUUAUCAUGCUGUCCUCGACCAAAUGCAGCAGCAGAAGGAAAACAUUAAAGGCUUUGAGGAGAAAGGCGUAAAGUGGAACAUAGAGACAGCGCCUCGGGAACGUGUUUACGGGGGAGUGUCAGCAGCUGCUGGUCCUGGGAUUCCAAAUGGACCAGGAUGUCUCCACCAGUUGCCUUAUGCAGAAGCAGUCAGAAGAGAAGUAAAGAGGCUUGAAAAUGUGGCCAAGCAAGCAAAUGCAUAUAGGCAACGAGGAUAUGCAGCAGCAGAAAGGGCAAAACAAGUUGAAGAAUUUUGGCAGCGAAAGCGGGAAGCUCUACAGAAUAAAGCACGUGGUGAAGGACACUUGGGGAUCCUGCAAAACCUGGCAGCUAUCUAUGGAGGCAGGUCCAUUUCAACAGGAAGAGGAAAAUCCAGAACCAAGGAGGAAGAGGAGUACUUGGUGAGACUCCGACAAAUAAGACUGCAGAACUUCAAUGAAAGGCAGGAAAUUAAAGCGAAACUUAGAGGAGAAAAGUGCGACAGUGAUGGUUCUGAUGGACAGGAAUCCAGUGACGAGGCUGAGUUCAAACGCAAGAAAAUUGAAGCACUAAAGGCUCAAGCCAACACACGAGCUGCUGUGCUUAAAGAACAACUUGAGAAAAAGAGAAGAGAAGCCUAUGAAAGAGAAAGGAAGGCCUGGGAAGAACACCUUGCUGCGAAAGGAUUUAAGCAGCCACUUACAGCUGCAUCUUCAUCCUCUUCCCAAGGAAGGCAAGGAGCAGCCCCAUCUUCCAAACCUCAAUCACCAGCAAAAUCCAGCACGCCAGCUAUUUCAAUGACUGCUGCACUGAAAGACGUGGGUGUUGAAAAAGAAACCUCAACAGCUAAAGACAUCUCAGAGGAAAUUAAAAGGUCUAGCACUACCACUAUUCAGAAGGAAAAGCAAGAGAUUUUGCGCAGGUUAAAUCAGAACAUCAAAGCUCAGGGAAACCAUGAUUCAAAUGCAGUGUUGCAAGGGGAAGGUGCAGUGACUUCUACUGGAGAGCAGCUGGAGGACGGACCCCACCUGGCAGGGGAAAGGAAAAAAUGGGAAGCAGAGCCUCCGCCCAUGAUUCCUCUCGCGCAGCUAACCCUCGAAGAAACUUGCUCAGGAAUCAAGGAUGAGACAUGUCAGACAUCGGGAGAAGUUAUUAAAUUGUUAAUUAAAGAUGAACCCCGCAAAGUAUGGGAGAAAGAACCUUCUGACACAGUUUUGAAAGUGUUAGGGGAAGCAGAUUUACAAAUUCAGACAGGGAUGUUGUUGGAUACAAUAUCCACUGAAAAUAAUGCAAAAGGCCCUUUGGCUGAAGUUGACCUGGCGCUCACAAUGGUAAUCGAUGCAGUAAAUGGCACCAUUGAUCAUAAAGCAUUUAACGAAGCUGUUCAAACUUCUGUGGCUGGUACUAGUCAGACAUCCACAGCAGGGGACACAAUGGAAACCAAAAUCAAAGACCUUUCAAGAGAAGAGACUGUACAGUCAAAGGAAGUAUCUAUUCUAAUAUCAAAACCAUCAGUGUUUGAAGACAAGAUAGAAGAACCAGAGGACCUGGAAACGGAGGCGCUUGAAGAAGGAGAGCAGAUGAAUCGAGAUGAAGUCCCGGUGGCCCCAGUUACUGUAGAUGCAUGGGAAAAAGAGAGCGAUGCAGAAAGACCACUAGAUGAUGCUGUUGCACAACCAGAAAAGUCACAGGAGCCUGAUGUACUCGCUGAGGAAAAGUCAAUUGAGUCAAUAGAGUCCAAAGUGAAUGCUGAGGGUUGCGCUAGUGAAACCCCACAAAGUGAACCAUUUUUCCAGAAGAUGCCACCCUUGCAGGACAGAGCAGCAGCCAUGUUGUCGAGGGAAUCCUCUCAGGAAGAGGCACCAGGAUCCAAGCCAUUGUCCUGGUCCUUAUCUCCAGCAAACUCCAAAGGCAAACAGUCUCUGUUGAUUGGGUUGUCAACUGGAUUGUUCGACGCAAACAACCCAAAGAUGCUGAGGACCUGCUCACUCCCUGACCUCAAUAAAAUGUUCAAGACGUACAUGGAUGACAGUGCACCAGAUGCCCCUGAGGAUAAUCUUGAACUGGAUGAUAUAGAAGAUGAGCCCAUCAAGGACGAGUAUCAAUCAGAUUCAGACACUAUGUUUGGAGAGGCCGAUGCGGACGAUUUGCAGGAGCUUCAGGCAUCUAUGGAGCGUCUGUUACAUGAGCAGCCCAGUGAAGAGUUCAGUGAAGAGGAAGAGGAAGUGGUUUCCAAUUCAAGUCCUCCUGAGGAAAGCGUUUAUAACGUGGAGUGCUCAGUGAAUGGAGCAGAGGGGGAAGAAGAUGAAAAUCCAGCAAGUAGCAGUGACCAAAGCGCAAUUCAUGAAGAAUGGCAUUCAGAGGAAUGGCUACAAGCAGAAGAUGGAGAAGAAUUGAAGCUAAGCUGGUAUAACAUGUUUCGUAAAGAUAGAGCUGAUGACAGUGAGGAAGAUGUUGCGGGUGAAAGUGCAGAGUUUGACAGUGUUUUCAGCAGACUGGAAGAACUGCGAAUGACUCUGGAGCAAGAAAUGGGCUUUGAAAACUUCAUUGAAGCCUACAACAAAGUCAAGGCAAUCCAUGAGGAUGAAGAUGAAAACAUUGACAUAGGCACUCCUAUAGUCCAAGUCAUUCUGGGUCCUCAGUUUGAGCACUUGUAUUCAAAAAUCCUCCACCUGGUUAUGGCAGAUGGAGCCUACCAAGAAGACAACGAUGAAUAAAGAUGAGAUACUUGGGACCUGUCUACUGUGGAUGUUCUAACUUUCAAGCCAAAACUAUCUUUUGAGCAACUCAGUCAUGUGGAUACAAGUUAAACCACACAGCAUAAAAGGGUCUGCAUGGAUUUGAUGCAAGGACAGUUUAAUUUUGUGCUUCCUUCCCCAGAAUUCCAUUUUACCUUUUUAAUUUUGCAUAGGGUUUUCUGCAGAAUUUUACCUUUCAUAAGUAUUGGUGUUGCUGCUAAAAGAAAAUAUGCAUAUAUUACAGAAUUCUCUGACCAAAGUAUGUCCUUGAAUAUCACAUAUUGAGUUAGAAAAAUGGAAUGGGUUAUGGAACGCUGGAAUUUUUCAUUUGCAUUCUAUAAUGGGGGUGACCUGUUGUGCAGGAAUCCUGUCCACUGAUCAGAAUUUACAUGCUGCAGAACACUAACAUGGAUAGACUUGUAAGUUGUAAUAUAGAUACAGUUUCUUGUACAAUACUUCCAAGUACAA